AUUUCAUUAGCAUUCUCACAUGUCCGUGAUGAUGAUGUUUUGAGCACAGUCUAUUAUCACCAGGUUAUGUUUUGUUCAUCUGUGAUGGUCUGUUCAUGGUAAUUCAUAAGUAGCCAUAUUACCAGUACAAUUUUGUACUACUAGUAAAAUGGAAGAAAAUUACUAUCUCAUUUGCGCUUCAUCAAUAGUCGUAUCAACUUUAUUUUUCAUCGUUUUUGUAAAGAUUUUGCGAACGAAAAAUAAAAAGAUUGGGAAAAACGGCACUUGCUUGAAAUUUCCUCCAGGAGGUCGAGGCUGGCCGUUGAUUGGCGAUAGCCUUAAUUGGUACAAUGCUGUUGCAGGUUCUCAUCCACCCGCUUUCGUUGAAGAGCAGGUUAAAAGGUAUGGAAGGAUAUUUUCAUGUAGUUUAUUCGGGAAAAGGGCAGUCGUAUCUGCGGAUCCAAGUUUUAAUCGGUUUAUCAUGCUAAAUGAAGGGAAACUAUUUCAAUCAAGUUACCCGAAAUCAUUUAGAGACUUGGUUGGAAAAAAUGGGCUAAUUACAGUACAUGGAGAGCAACAAAGGAAACUCCAUGCAAUUGCAUCAAGCAUGAUGAGACUAGAUAAGCUCAGAGUUCAUUUCCUUAAAGACAUUCAGAUGGUUAUGCUUCGGACUUUAAAUAAUUUACAUGAAGAUCAAACAUAUCUUCUUCAAGAUGUUUGCAGAAAGGUGGCAAUUGAAUUGAUGGUGAAUCAACUAAUGGGAGUCUCAAGUGAAUCAGAAGUAAACCAAAUGGCUGGAUUCUUUUCAGACUUUGUGGAUGGUUGUCUUUCCGUUCCCAUUAAUCUGCCAGGGUUUACAUACCAUACUGCAAUGAAGGCAAGGGACAAUAUAAUUAGCAAAAUUGACAAGACAGUUGAGAAGAUAAAAAAUGAACAACUUUCAGCGACAUCUGAAGCCAGAAAUGGUGUUCUCGGAAGGUUAAUAGAAGAACAAAGCUUACCAGAUGCUGUAGUUGCGGAUUUUAUAAUCAAUUUACUGUUUGCCGGCAAUGAAACUACUGCUAAAACUAUGCUUUUUGCAGUAUAUUUUCUCAGUCAAUCUCCCAAGGCACUUCAAGAAAUUUUGGCAGAACAAGAUGGUAUCAGAGGAACUUCUGGUGAUGAACACAUGCUCACUUGGGAGGACUACAAGGCUAUGCCUUUCACUCAGUGUGUUAUAGAUGAGACACUUAGGAUAGGGGGGAUUGCGAUAUGGUUGAUGAGAGAAGCAAAAGAAGAUGUUGAAUAUCAAGAAUAUGUAAUACCGAAAGGAUGCUUUGUAGUGCCAUUUCUAUCAGCAGUUCACUUGGAUGAAAACAUCUACAAGGGUGCUGUGAAUUUUAAUCCAUGGAGAUGGAUGGACCCUGACAAUAAGGAAAAAAGAAACUGGAGGACUAGUUCUUUCUAUUCACCAUUUGGAGGAGGGGCAAGAUUUUGUCCCGGUGCUGAGUUAGCCCGCCUACAAAUUGCCAUCUUUUUACAUUUCUUCCUCACCAAAUACAGAUGGAGCAAAGUUAAGGAAGAUAGAAUGUCAUUCUUUCCAUCGGCGCGACUUGUAAAUGGUUUACAAAUUCGUAUGUCGAAAAGGACGGAUUGAUAAUGAUGCGUGCAAUCUCGACUCAAUUGUAAAUGGUUUCCGGAGGAGAUUGGAUUGUUGAGUCUCUUGAAUUGUUUAUACAGAUAUACAAAUCCAUAUAUAUUGUUUUUAUUUAUAUAUGAUUUGUAUAUUAAAUUUGAUUUUUUCAUGUUUGUACAUUC